GAAUUCAAUCAAAACAGAGUUGCGCUGCAAAUACACAAAACAUGAAAAUAUACUUUACACAGCUAAAAAUAAUUGGUGAAAGUAGCCUGAUGUCCUCCUGUGGUCAUCUGAUGCGUUGUGUGUGUUAAGCCGCUGUAAAGCUCAUGUGAUGGAUGCUCACUGUAGGAUUAUGGAGAGGUGCUGAGGUGUUUUGUAGUUAAGACUUCCACACUGUCCCAGGACUUUUCUAAUACAACCUCCUCAACAUGAAGACUGUCCUGGCUGCGCUGGUCCUGUUCGCCGCUGUGCUACACACUGUAUUGUCUUGUCCGAUGUGUGAAGGUGAGGGGUUGAAGUGUUACACCUGUGUAGCUAAUAACCCGGACGAGUGUUACCAGCAGGGCUCGAGUUUGUGCCCUGCUCAUUCAGAUGCCUGCUCUACCAUCAUAGGACCCAACUCUGUGAUGAAGUCAUGUGCGUACAAGUCCUUCUGUGACAAGUCUCACAUGAGCAACGGAGAGAUGAAGCUGGAAUGCUGCUUCAAUGAUGAUUGCAACGGCCCUCACCAGUCCCACAGCCAUGGGGAGCACCACAACGUCGCCAUGAGCCUGAGCUCCAGCCCUGUCCUGCUGCUGGGGGUCCUGCUGCUUAGACUGGCUCUCAGUUCCUUGUAAACCUGAACGGAGUCCUUUAGUCAUACAUGUAAUAUAAAGAACUUAAUAAAUGAUGAAGUAAAGGCGUUAGUGUAACUGAUAGAUAAGCUUUUGUCUGUUACACAUGCAGGGGUUAAAUAAACACUGUUUAGAUUUGGUGUUCAUCUCUUAUUUUCUGUUGUAUAUGAGCUCAAAAUGAGCAUCUGCUAAACUAAUGAAUAAACGACCAGUU